CGGGACUGAUCAACAACAACAGUGAGCAGCUGAGAUUGAUAAGAGGAGAGUUUUACUACUGUGGUUUAACAGAAGAUGGUUUCGUAACUCUGCUGCCUUUACACUAACCGGAAUCUGACGGUUUGCUUCGUGGAGUUUGUGUGUUUGAAUCUCUGACAAUGAGUGGAAAUAGCAGUGAUAACACUGACUUUUAUUGUGAACAAACCGCCGGGGAAACAGAAAGCGACGAAACUGAAGCUUUGUUGAAUUAUGCAACAGUGCAACCCAGAGCCAGAGGAGCCUCCUUCGCCUCAUCUGUGUUUAACCUGAUGAAUGCCAUCAUGGGCAGCGGUAUACUGGGACUAGCUUAUGCGAUGGCUAGCACCGGAAUAGUUGGUUUUUGUAUCCUUUUGCUGCUGGUGUCUAGUCUGGCAGCAUACUCUAUACAUCUCCUUCUAAAGCUUUGUGACCAAACAGGUAUCAAUUCAUAUGAGGACCUUGGAGGGAAAGCCUUGCAAAAACCAGGAAAAGUUCUGGUUGGAAUUGCUAUUCUCAUCCAAAAUAUUGGUGCCAUGUCAUCCUAUUUGUUCAUCCUGAAGUCGGAGCUUCCUGCAGCCAUCAACAGCCUCCUGAGCCCACACAGCACAGGAAAUCCCUGGUAUGAAGAUGGCCGACUGCUUCUGAUCCUGGUGACACUUUGUGUUGUUCUACCUCUGGCAAUGUUGCCCAAAAUUGGCUUCCUGGGCUACACCAGCAGUCUCGCCUUCGUCCUCAUGCUGUACUUCGCCGUUGUGAUCGUCGUGAAGAAAUGGUCCAUCCCCUGCCCGCUGCCUCAUAAUGUGACCACCCUCUCAAGUGCUUUCCAGAUAUCAAAUUCGUCUGACUCCGAAUGCUCACCCAAACUUUUCAUCGUCUCCAGUAAGAGCGCCUUCGCCAUCCCCACCAUGGCCUUUUCCUUUCUGUGCCACACGGCCAUCCUGCCGAUCUACUGCGAACUGGACCGUCCUUCCAAGGCCAGGAUGCAGAAUGUCUCGAACAUCGGCAUCAGCCUCAGCUUCCUGGUUUACCUCAUUUCUGCGCUGUUUGGCUACCUCACCUUCUACGCUUAUGUGGACUCUGAGCUGUUGCUUGGUUACGAUAAAUACCUGCCUCGAGACAUCCUGGUGAUGACGGUGCGGUUGGCCAUCCUCCUCUCUGUGCUGCUCACUGUACCACUAAUACACUUCCCUGCCCGUAAGGCUGCCGUCUUGCUGCUGUUUGGAGGACGAGCCUUCUCCUGGCUCAUCCACGUCAUCACAACUCUAACCAUCCUCAGCGUGGUGCUGAUUCUGGCCAUCUUUGUGCCUGAUAUCAGACAAGUGUUUGGAGUAGUAGGAUCAACCACAUCCAGCUGCCUGUUAUUUGUUUUCCCGGGAAUCUUCUACCUCAAGAUCAGCAGCCAGCCUCUCAGAUCCAUGGAUUCUGUCGGGGCUAUAUUUCUUGUGGUCUUCGGCUUGAUUAUGGGCGUCAUCAGUUUGUCUGUCAUUGUCCUCACAUGGGUAAAAAGCUCCUAACCUCCUCUGGGCCCCUCAGUCCCAAAUCACAUGCAAAGAAGGGAAAUGUGCACCAAAGAAACUGAAUCCUGAACAAAGAAAGGGAACAAAUGCUAACCAGCAUCUCCUCAGACACUAUCUUUAUAGUACAGUUGUUCUCAGCACUACUUCAGUGUUUUUUCUAAGUCAGAAACGCAUCUUCUACAUGCUGACUUUUAGACUACCAAAUUCAUUUUUUAAAUCAUGCUGGAACAAAUGAUGAGUGAGGCUGUGUGAUUUUGUAUUUUUCUAUGUGGAUGACCAUGCACUUUAUGCACGACCAGGUACGCGUGUUUGAAAAUGUUGUUGACCACGUCUGAACCAUAAAUGUACCAAAUUUAUUGCUUUUUAACAUUUUGUUUAGGACACACUUUCACAGAUACAUUUUGAUAUGUUUUUGUGCUUUAAUUUAUGGCCAAAUGUUUUAUUCACUUUAAUGAUUUGAAAUUUAAGCAUCUUGUUUUCAUCCUUUUUUUCAUGCAUUGCUAUUUCUCCUAGACUCCAAGCUUCAGGUAUGAAUAUUUCUGCAACUUUUCUUUCCUCAAUGAAUGUGGUAAAACCUAAAUAAGUACUGUAAAAUCAUUUGUUACUUUUCUAAUUACUGGCAUUAAAUAAAAGAGAGAUUGUUUACCUAA